UGACACUGACAAGAGUGACAAGUGACAGGCGACAGCAGAAUCUAAAAUUCAAACUUUUUACUUUAUUAUAGUAUUGUUAUUUUGUAAUUUAGAAAUAAAAAAUAAACAAAAUCAGAUGUUUCUGUUUACUGUUCAGUAAAGUUAGUAAGCCCUAUUAAGAAAUAAAAGUGCAAUACAUCGAAGAAGCAAAAUUAAGCAGUAAUGCAAGCCUAUAAUCUUAUGUAACUAUUGCGGUUCGUCGUGCCGUAUUGGUAUAAUAUUUAAUUUUAUAGAAUGACGUCGAGGUACAGAUAUUUCUGGAGAAGAUUUAUGCACAUAAAUUUUAACUACAAACUAGUUCCCCAUAUAAAGUUAAAUAAAACACAACAGAAUGGCACUCUGCCAUGCACAGUUGGUUUCUCGGUCCUAACGUUGUUGGGAUUUGAAAAAAAAAUGAACGCCGAAGACGAGCUCAUUUUAACGAUUAAGCACUGCAUACUUUUUGUCCAAAGAGGUGAGUUUGACAAAGCAGAACAACUUCUACAUGUUGCACUAAAACAAGCACAACAAAUUAGUCACCAACUGGGUGUAACGUACAUUUACGACGUGAUGGCGAACUUAGCUCUCGAAAGGGAACAGUAUGAUAAGGCCAAACGACUAUUUAUUGCGGUAACACAGAGAAUUAUGGCAGACGGGGCCACUGAGGAUGACCUUCGUGUUAUACAUAUUAGUGUUAAGUUAGCAAGAAUUAGUCAUAUGAUGAAAGAGUAUUCUACAGCGCAACUUGGCUUUGAAUGGUGUAUAGACAAACUAAAUAAUGCUUACAAAAAAGAUCCUUCAGAAGACAACACAAAAUUACUUGCAAUGGCAGAAGAUUGGUAUGGUCGGCUGUUUUUAGAUAACAACAAAACUGAAAUAGCUUAUCAAUAUAUGAAGAAAGCCUACGAAAGAAUGAAAGAUUUAGUUGAUAUUGAUCAAGAGCAUCUAAUCAUACAAUUAAAUGACCUGGGUACUGUUUGUGAUCUAUUGGGCAAAGCUGACGAAAGUAUAGAAUAUUAUUCAAAUGCAAUUGAUCUUGGCAAAAAAUUUCCUGAUAUGCAUGACUUGGGUGCAAUGUACGUUAACCUAGGAAGAGCUUACAUAAAGAAAAACAUGUUGGAUAUAGCACGAAAAUCAUGCGGACAAGCUUGGAAGCUAGGUGUCACUACAAAAAAUAAUGAUGUAAAACGUGAAGCAGAACUUUGUAUACAAGAAAUAAGAGGCAUGUCUUAAAUA